AUGGCUGAUGCGACACGCAAGCCGUACGAUGGCUUGGCCAAGAGGCUGGUAAUCUCCAUCGACGUUGGGACUACCUACAGCGCUGCAUCCUUCUGUAUUUUGCAACCGGGCAAGGUACCCAAAUUCGAGGAAGUCCUGCGUUGGGCAAGACAGGUAACACCCGAUGGAAAAGUUCCGUCGGUAGUUUACUACGACAGUAAUGGCAACCCGAAGGCUUUCGGCGCAGAGACCGAUAACGAUGAUAUGCUUCUCGAAGCCGAAAUGCAACAAUGGACGCGCGCGGAGUGGUGGAAGAUGCAUCUUCGACCAUCUCACCUGCCACUCGUGAAGGACCUCGUGCUGAAGCCGCUCACCGGAACGCUGACUGCCGAUGACAUAUUCUCACACUACUUGGGAUAUGUGAAAGAACAGCUGCAGGAAUACAUCUCGACUGUGUAUGCUGAUGGUCCUAUGCUUUGGACUAGCUUAUAUUCCUCGUUGUCCCUCGUCCUUACUACACCCAAUGGGUGGGAGGGUCGACAGCAAGGUCGUAUGAGGCAAGCUGCUAUCAAUGCUGAUCUUGUCGACGCCGGCGGUAGCAACAGAGUUCGAUUCGUCACGGAAGCUGAAGCAGCUAUAUUGUACUCCAUAGAGAGCGGAUGCAUAGGUUCCUGGCUAGUGCCGGACGCGAAUCUCGUUCUUUGCGAUUGCGGAGGCGGCACGAUAGAUAUCAUUCGAUAUCAAAUCCAGAAGAUCGGACCAUUACGAUUGCAAGAAUCAGCAGCAUCGCGCUGUUACUUGGCCGGAGCGGUAUUUGUUACUCAAGCCUUCGACGCAUACAUCAGAGUACGUCUCAAGGACUCUCAGUGGGACAAUCCAGAGUCUAUCGCGCAAGCCGUCAAGCACUUCGACCGGAACGCCAAAAAGAUCUUCGCAGAUCCGAGCGAUGUUUCCUGGGUUCAACUGGAUGGUUUCAAAUCUGUGGCUGAACUUGGAGUCUUGCGUGGGCGCCUCAGAAUUCCCGGAGAGGACAUGGCGUCGCUCUUCGCUGCCUCUCUCAAGGCCAUCAAGGAAGGCCUCGAGAUCGCGAUCGAUAAUCAAGGGCAAGUCACGGACAACGUUAUUCUAGUCGGGGGACUGGCUAGCUCCCCCUAUAUCUACAGCGAGAUAUCUAGGUGGGCUCGGAGCUACGGUAUCUCCGUCAGUCGACCAGAUGGACCAAUGACAAAAGCUGUCGCCAAUGGUGCAUUGGCUUGGCACAUCGACGACGUGGUAACUGCACGUGUAUCAAAAAACUAUUAUGGGAUCGAAAUCAUCACCCCCUAUGACCACGCGGACCCGGCUCACGUAGAAAGGGCAGCAGAGGCUUACAUCAGUUACUAUAAGGGGACGCUCGAGCACAAAAAUUUGUGGAGUACUAUCCUCACCAAGGGUCACGCAGUCGCCUCUACCAAGGAAUUUGUUCAGACUUAUCACGCGUAUAUCGACAACAAUGCACUAAACUUCCAAAGGUCCUAUGCCAUCUAUGCAUAUCGUGGAAGUGUUCCUCCGAAGUUCAUGACGUUACCUGGCCAAACCGACUACAUGCGAGGCUUUGAUAAGAUCUGCACCGUGAACGCCGACCUUAGGACCCCAUUUAUGUCCUCUCCGAAGAGAAGGUCACCACACGGCUCUACAUGGUACCGGGAAGUCUCUUUCGAUAUCUGCUUGAUCAUGGGAGGCACCGAACUGAGUGCCCGUAUCCGGUGGCAGGUUGGGACUGGUUACCAUUAUGGGCCCGCCACCGUCGCUUAUGACUGAACAUGAGCAAGGACAGCAUUAUCUUGAUGAUCAUAGUCACUCUCCAAAUCAACGAGCACGAUAACAUGUACCUUUAUUUGACUGAAACCACUAUGCUACUCCAAUGGUCACAUCUUAAGCAGC